AUGUUAAGAGAAUGCAGAAAAAGAAGCAAACAUUCCAAACUCUCCACAAAAAAUGUUCAAUCGUGUGGAAAUCCGAAAAUAAUUACCAAUUAUCACAGCAAACUUUCUCCUUCCACUUGCACAUGCUUGUUCAGCGAUGGUGGAUUCAUCCCCAUGAUAUUAUGUUGUGAUAGAGAUGGGCUGUUAACUCAAUGGGAUACUUGUUCAACUUUACAACAAUCAUGUAGAGCAUGGACGGAAAUCAUAAAUUUCAAAGAGAUAAACGCAUUAAAUGGUUAA